AUGGCGCCGAAGAACGAAGCUGAUGGGCUCAGUGCCUUUGAGCGGCGUCGACUGGAGAACAUUGCUGCCAAUAAGGCGCUUCUGUCCGAGAUAUCCGUCACGGCCAAGAAAAUAAUCCCAGACAAGCCAGCAUCUAAACCAUCGGCUCCUCGAAAGAAAAUCAAGGCAGAGCCGGUUGUUAGAGAGCUUCGGCGGGGGACGCGCAUGAGCUCACGGCUUGCUGGUGUUGCUGCUGAUGAUGAAGUCUUGAAGCGGAAGUUGGAGGUCGAGGCCGAGCACCAGGCCGAACAAGUCAAAGCAAAAAGACUUCGAGUUGGCGACGACAUGAAUCUGGGCGACAUUGUUGUGGACGGCAAAAAAUACACAAGCAGCAUGGACGGCUUAAAGGGCAUCUUUCGAGGUGCACAGCCGGGGGUACGAACCUUCGAGUACGACGCAAAAGAGGCCACAGAUGGCGACCUAAAAGAAUUGCGGCAGCGAAUGAAUGGCUUGAAGCUCUAUGAGCAUUGGAUUCCCAAUGACAUUAAAAUCACGCCCCAAAGAGUAUAUGCGCUGGGCUUCCAUCCAACAGAAGACAAGCCGAUAGUGUUCGCGGGCGACAAAGAAGGCGCCAUGGGCGUGUUUGACGCUUCUCAGACAGCUCCCGAGGUGACCGACGAAGACGAAGACAUCCCCGAUCCUGUUAUUUCUGCCUUUAAAACACACGCAAGGACGAUUACAUCUUUUGCAUUCUCUCCCAUUGAUGCGAAUGCCGUAUUUUCAGCGUCAUAUGAUUCCUCAAUAAGAAAGCUAGAUCUGGAAAAGGGUGUCUCUGUCCAAGUCUUUGCACCAGAGAACGCAUACGAAGACUUACCCAUCUCGGCACUGGAGAUUCCUUCUGCAGAACCGAACGUGCUCUUUUUCUCAACUUUGGAUGGGUCAGUGGGCCGCUACGAUACCAGGACACCAGGCAGCCUCGAGCUGUGGACCCUGUCUGAACAGAAAAUUGGAGGAUUUUCUAUGCAUCCUCUGCAUCCCUAUCUACUAGUUACCGCCUCUCUUGAUAGAACUAUGAAGGUAUGGGACCUACGAAAAAUGAGUGGGAAAGGAGACUUGAAACACCCAACAUUGCUUGGAGAGCAUGAAUCGCGGCUAUCUGUCUCUCAUGCUUCAUGGAGUGCAGGCGGCCAUGUCGCGACAUCAUCAUAUGACGAUACAAUCAAGAUCUACGACUUUUCCGAGGCCUCAAAGUGGAAGCCGGGUCAGAGCAUCGAUACGAAAACCAUGGAGCCCGCACACACCAUCAGACAUAACAAUCAGACGGGCAGGUGGGUUACCAUCCUGAAGCCGCAGUGGCAGAAGAAUCCGAAAGACGGAAUCCAAAAAUUUACAAUUGGUAACAUGAACCGUUUCGUCGAUGUAUAUGCUUCAGACGGGAGCCAGUUGGCUCAGCUGGGAGGAGACGGUAUUUCUGCCGUUCCAGCUGUGGCUCACUUCCAUCCAACCAUGGACUGGGUGGCUGGCGGAACUGCAAGCGGAAAGCUAUGUCUGUGGCAGUAG